GCUGGGGAGUAAAUUUCUCCCUGUCAUCAGGUCGCGGGGAGAGGAGGAGGAGGAGGAGUUUGUUAAUGUUCAGUUUGUUCAGCGGGAUCGAUGUUUGCUGGCAUCGCCUCGCCCUGUCUUGUGUGUGUGAGUGUGUGAGUGUGCGUGUGUGUGCGCGCAUAUGUGGGGGGUGUGAGUGUGUGUGUGAGAGGAAGCGCGAGUGCGUGCGUGUGUGUGUGUGAGUGUGUGUGUGUGUGAGUGUGUGUGUGUGUGAGUGUGUGUGAGUGAGUGAAUUCCAGAUUUUCUGUCUUUCCCAAACCCGCUCCUGUCCUCUCGCAUAUCACUCACAGACGGGGAUCUGACAGCAGCCACAAACCUACAGUGAGUGAUCUCUCUCCCCCAGCGCGAAUCCGCCAUAGAGACCGGCGAGGAGGAGGAGGAGGAGGAGGAAGAGGAAGAGGAAGAGGAGGGAAAGAGGAGAAGGAAGAAGAAGAAAAAGAAGAAGAAACCACUACCUUCCCAGGAUUGCCUUUUUUUUUCCUUAUCUUUACGCGCGCGUGUGCGUGUGGCGCGUGUGCGCCCCUCGUCCCUUCCAUCCGAACGCGGUCUUGGAUGUUUAAUAAAGAAAUCAAGUGUCUCAACAGUCACAAAAAAAAAAAAAAAAAAAAAAAAAAAAAAAAAAAAAAAAAAAAAAAAACCCAAAAAACCAAAAAUUUCCAAAAAGCAAAAACAAAAAAAGAGAGAGAGAGAGAGGAAAAAAAAUCCAAAACAAACAAACAAACAAACAAGGCAGAACCAACCUCUACUUCAAACCAGCCGGCACAAGCCACCCGUGUCUGCCACCCGGAGAGGGGGUCUCUGGCCCGUGGUGGAGGAGUUGCAGGGGGGAUCGCCAAGGGGACAGAGGCCGAGUGACGCCCUAGGAGCCACCGGGCAGGAGGCGGAGGAGACCCAGAGAGGCGAGAGAGCAGCGGGCCCCCGCGCGCGGCUCGGGGCUGGGGCGCCAGAAGUAGGACUGGAGCGAAGUAGAGCGAUGCCAAGGAGGAAACAGCAGGCACCCAAGCGGGCGGCAGGCUACGCCCAGGAGGAGCAGCUGAAGGAAGAGGAGGACAUAAAAGAUGAAGAGGAGGGAGAGGAGGACAGCGGUUCGGGAGCUCAGCUUCAGGGCAGUAAUGACCCCGGGACAGACGAGGACCUAGAAACGGGCCCAGAGCAGAAGGGCUGCUUCAGCUACCAGAACUCUCCCGGAAGCCACUUGUCCAAUCAGGACGCGGAGAACGAGUCUCUGCUGAGCGAUGCGAGCGAUCAGGUGUCAGACGCCAAGAGCGUCUGCGGUCGGGAUGCCCUGGACCGGAAAGCCAGCGCGCACCCCAAGCUGCCCAACGAAAGCCACAACUGCAUGGAUAAAAUGACCGCCGUCUACGCCAACAUCCUGUCGGAUUCCUACUGGUCGGGCCUGGGCCUGGGCUUCAAGCUGUCCAGCGGCGAGCGGCGGAAUUGUGACACCCGCAAUGGCAGCAACAAGAGCGACUUCGACUGGCACCAAGACGCGCUGUCCAAAAGCCUCCAGCAGCACCUGCCUUCCCGACCAGUGGGGAAGCCCAGCCUGUUCAGCUCGGUGCAGCUCUACCGGCAGAGCAGCAAGAUAGGCGGGACUGUGUUCACGGGGGCCAGCAGGUUCCGCUGCCGCCAGUGCAGCGCCGCCUACGACACCCUGGUCGAGCUGACCGUGCACAUGAAUGAAACGGGCCACUACCAAGAUGACAACCGCAAGAAGGACAAGCUGCGCCCCGCCAGCUACUCGAAGCCCCGGAAGAGGGCUUUCCAGGACAUGGACAAGGAGGAUGCUCAGAAGGUUCUCAAGUGCAUGUUUUGCGGUGACUCCUUCGAUUCCCUCCAAGAUCUGAGUGUCCACAUGAUAAAAACAAAACAUUACCAAAAAGUGCCUUUGAAGGAGCCAGUCCCCACCAUUUCCUCGAAAAUGAUCACCCCGGCCAAGAAACGCGUCUUCGACGUCAAUCGACCGUGUUCCCCCGAUUCGACCACGGGCUCUUUGGCAGAUCCGUUUUCCUCCCAGAAGCCCACAGGCCUGCAGCUAUCGUCCAACAACCGCUACGGCUACCAGAAUGGCGCCAGCUACACCUGGCAGUUCGAGGCCUGCAAGUCCCAGAUUCUCAAGUGCAUGGAGUGCGGCAGCUCACACGACACAUUGCAACAGCUCACCACCCACAUGAUGGUCACCGGCCACUUCCUCAAGGUCACCAGCUCGGCCUCCAAGAAGGGCAAGCAGCUGGUGCUGGACCCACUGGCCGUGGAGAAGAUGCAGUCGCUGUCCGACGCCCCGAGCAGUGACUCGCUGGCUCCCAAGCCAUCGGGUAACGCGGCUGCGGACGGGGCAGCCUCCACAACCGAGCUGAAGAAAGAGGGCAAGAAGGAAAAACCGGAGGAGGUCAACAAGGAGGAGAAGGUCAUGAAACGGGAGGAGUAUGAAGACCCUCUCCAAAAGCCUUUAGACCCCACCAUGAAAUACCAGUACCUGAGGGAGGAGGAUUUGGAGGACGGCGCCAAGGGCGGAGGGGACAUUUUGAAGUCGUUGGAAAACACCGUCACCACAGCCAUCAACAAAGCUCAGAACGGGGCUCCCAGCUGGAGCGCGUACCCCAGCAUCCACGCAGCCUACCAGCUGUCGGAGGGCGCCAAGCCCGCUCUGCCCAUGGGAUCCCAGGUCCUGCAGAUUCGACCUAACCUCACCAACAAGCUAAGGCCAAUUGCACCAAAGUGGAAAGUGAUGCCGCUCGUCUCCGUGCCCACCAACCUGGCCCCCUACACCCAGGUGAAGAAGGAGCCCGGCGACAAAGAGGAGGCGGCGAAGGAGUGUGGGAAAGAAAGCCCCCAGGAGGAGGCAUCGCCUUUCAGCCACAGCGAGGGGGACGCUUUCUCCAAAAGCGAAACCCCUUCAGAACCCAAGAAGGCCGAGCCUUGCCUCCUGAAGGAGGAGGCCAGGCUGGUGGAGGAGGGCGGUGAGCCCGAGAGACGGCCGCCCCUGGAGCCCGCGGCCUCUCUCAGCAACGGGUGCGCCUUCCCCACGCGGGCGCCGGCCCUGCCAUGCAUCAACCCGCUCAGCGCCCUGCAGUCCGUCCUCAACAAUCACUUGGGCAAGGCCACCGAACCCCUGCGCUCCCCUUCCUGCCCCAGCCCGAGCUCAAGCACAAUUUCAAUGUUCCACAAGUCGAAUCUCGGCGUCAGGGACAAGCCGGGCUUGGGUCCUGCCCCCACGCGGCCGGCCAGCGUGUCCAGGCGCUACCUGUUCGAGAGCAACGAUCAGCCCAUCGACCUGACCAAGUCCAAAAGCAAGAAAGCCGAGUCCUCGCAAGCACAAUCCUGCACGUCCCCACCUCAGAAGCACGCUCUGUCUGACAUCGCCGACAUGGUCAAGGUCCUCCCCAAAGCCACCACCCCGAAGCCCGCCACUUCCUCGCGGGGCCCCCCCGUGAAGCUGGAAAUGGAUGUCAGGCGCUUCGAGGACGUUUCCAGCGAGGUCUCGACUUUGCAUAAAAGGAAAGGCAGGCAGUCCAACUGGAACCCUCAGCAUCUCCUGAUCCUGCAGGCGCAGUUCGCCUCGAGCCUCUUCCAGACAUCCGAGGGCAAGUACCUGCUGUCCGACCUGGGCCCUCAAGAGCGAAUGCAGAUCUCCAAGUUCACGGGGCUCUCGAUGACCACCAUCAGCCACUGGCUGGCCAACGUCAAGUACCAACUUCGGAAAACGGGCGGGACGAAGUUUCUGAAAAACAUGGACAAAGGACACCCUAUCUUUUAUUGCAGUGACUGUGCCUCCCAGUUUAGAACCCCUUCUACCUACAUCAGUCACUUAGAGUCGCACCUAGGUUUCCAAAUGAAGGACAUGACCCGCAUGGCCGUGGAACAGCAAAGCAAGGUGGAACAAGAGAUCUCCCGGGUGUCGUCGGCACAGAGGUCUCCGGAAACCCUAGCUGGCGAAGAGGACACAGACUCUAAAUUCAAGUGUAAGUUGUGCUGUCGGACAUUUGUGAGCAAACAUGCAGUAAAACUCCAUCUAAGCAAAACGCACAGCAAGUCACCCGAACACCAUUCACAGUUUGUAACAGACGUGGACGAAGAAUAGCUCCGCAGGACAAAUGCCUUAGUUUCAACUAUCCAGCCUGGAUCUCCCUCACACUGAGUCCUUCUUCGUUGUACCACCUGCUUCUGACAUUGAACUCCUCCUGACACCCUGCUCUGAGAAGACUGCCCAAAAAAAAAAAAAAAAGAGAAAAAAGAAAAGAAAGAAAAGAAAGAAAAGAAAAGAAAAAAAAAAGAAAAAAAUUACCCCAGCCAUCUCUCUUCAUUCUUACUAACAAUUUGGUAAUGAAGUAUUGAUUUCCACUUCUCUGCUUAUGGACGAUAUUAGAUUUUCAUUGAUAAACUGCAAUUGAAGCAGUCUUGUCUCCAUGGUCCCCUUUUCACUGUCACGAGAAAACAAAGUGCCACUGAAGAAAAAUAAUGACUGAGAACAUUGAUGUACUUAUUUCGUCGGUCUGUAACACUUGACAGGAAAGGGCGGGGGAGUAUGAGUCUCCAUAGUUUAAUGUCCAAGUGAGCUGUGCUAUACGCAGACCCUUGGAAGCUUACUUUUCAUGGUGAUGUCCAUUUCCUAUUUAUAACCCCUCUGGGAACGUUUGUCUAAAGGAAAUGUUUCUGUUCAGAGCAACAAUUACGGUUGCACCUGGAUUACCCAGUCCUGCCCCUGCACUGGGGAGCCAUUAAUCACCGCAAAGUGGAAGAAUUAUUAAGUUAGACCAGAGUUUGAGCCAAGAAAACCUCUGAACAAUGUUCAUCUUCUGUGAAAGUUGUUCAAACAGUUAGGCUUAACCAUGUUGCUGCCAAAGACUUUUUCCCAAGCGGUGGUGGGCAUCUUUUUAAUCAUUAUCUUUGUUGGUUACAAAAAAAAAAGUGGUUUCAAGUAUGUAUACGAGCCCUGCAAAUUGGCAGAACUGGGGAAAUUGGUGAGAUGCGGGAUCUGGAGGAAAGCAAAAAGAUGAGAUCACUGCAGGGUGGAAAGUUCAGCGGCCGUCCUGCCUGGUGAUCUCUUUCUGCAGAACCUGUUGUUUAUGGACUGGGAAACACAGCUUAGCUUGAGAAGCAACAGAAAGCAUGAAAUAGGGUGUCCAUUUUAAAUGUGUUCCCACAACUUUUUUCAUUAAAACUUUGAGGGCCCAAUUUUAAUUUGUGGAAUAUUCCCGUUAAUAAUGAGAUCUAAUUAAGACAUCCAUUAAAAGCCCGUUAAAGUUAAUUUAACGUAAAAAUUCCAAUAGAACUGUAUUAGAUUUUCUCCAUUAAAUUAACGUUAUGGAUUUUUAACGGAUGUCUUAAUUAUACAUUAUUAUUAACGGGAAUACUGUAUUACACAGAUUAAAAUCAGGUCCUAAGUCAACUUGGAAAAGCUAAGAGCAUGUUUUAAUAUUAAAAGUCUCGCACACCUAGUGCACAGUUUGGAAAUUCAGGGGUAGAGCUGUUUACUCUAGUCGAGCAUUUUCUAUACAACUGAAAGCAAUCUAUAAAUAGAUAAAUCUAUCAUUGCAUUUAAACAAUGAAUUUCCUUAUUCUCAAAGGACAAAUAGCCUGGAUUGUGUUAUAAACUGCUACUCAGUUAUAGGUGAAAUAGUUAAACUCUUCUAGGUACAAUGCUAGGAACUUAGAUGAUUCUGAAACAAACAAACAAAAAACAAUUUUGUUGUCGUUGCUUAAAUUACCAAGGUUAUCACACUCACAAAAAGUCUCAACACCAACAAAACGAAGCCAAAUAUCCUCUUCACUAUUUCUCGUGGAAGCCUGCCUGUUGAAACUGCUUUGGAAAUUUUGACGAUCCCUAAAUUCAACAUUGGGAUUUAAAAAAAAAAAAAAAAAAAACCUUCUUAUUUACCUCCUAGGGAAAGUGUUGCCCUUAUGCCACAUAUAAUAGCAAAUUGCUUUUUUUAUGGCAUGCAUAACCUAGAUGGGAAAAAAUAUGGCGCUUCGGGGAAGGAGGGAAAAAGUAAAUGAAGUUCCAGGAAUGUCAUUCUGAAGUAAUGAGGCAUGGACAGAAAAUAUACCCCUCACAUCAUCGGAUUGAGAUGGCAGUCGAAAUAGCUUCAUUGAAGUGUCAGCACUCAUCCAUCAAUCAAUCACCCACAAGGAAAAAUAGCAACGGUACAACGGGGCGGCUUUUAUGGGAUUUACUCAUGGGCAUAGGGAAUAGCGGCUCAAAUGUAGUUCUGACAUGAAAAGCAAGGUGCUGAUAUUAUUUUUUAUGAUGGGAGGAUCAUAAAGUGAAUUGAGAACAGCAAGGUCUGUCUUUGCUUAACCUAUUCAACCAGAAAUGAAUGGAGCUCAACUGGAAAGGAACAGUCUUCGCGUGGGUUAAGAUGGAAGGGUGGACUCUACUAAGCACCGUCCUUCGACAACGAAAUUCUAUUAAAGGAAAAUCAAUGCAUUAGCAUUGGGCUUCCUGAAGCUGUUAAAAAUUGCCUGCUCCAACCCAGGGUUAUUAGAUAAAGCUAUGUGUUCUGUCACUACCCUUCAAAAGCAUCCAACUGGGGGGAGACAAGACAACUCCCAACUCCGUGGAAAUUGUUCCCCUUCUAAGAAAAAAAAAUAAUAAAUCAUCUGCUUCGACAUUUAAUCUAUAUGGUUUUGUUAGCGCAACUUGUAUGGA